AAUUUUAUUAUUAGUUUAUGUUCCAGGCUGCCUACCUGAAUCAUGUUUCCUAGAAAAAUGAUAGUCCUACUAGUGAUAACAGUAGGUAUUCAUGCUCAAAAAAUCAGGAGAAAGAACAAUCGAAAAAGCAGUAAUCUUGUUUUUGUUCCUGAGCCGAAAGAUUCUUCAGAGCCACGCAUAACAAAAUGUGGGAAGCCUGAUACUGAUGGAGAGGUAUGCUUAACAGGACAAAUAUGUGUUGCAAGGAUAAAGAGGUGUAAAGGCAUAAAGCGUGAAUGUGAACCAGUUGGGAGCUCUUGUUGUGGAGACCCAAGAACUGUUGGUAAACAAUGCAAAGAGGGAGGUCGAUGUUUGCGCUUUGACGAUGGUGUAUCAGAAUGUGUUGGAGCAAAAACAGCAUCAACAACAACUACAACUACCACUACUACAACAACAACAACUACAACAUGUACCCAAAUAUGUGAUGCAGUAAUUGGGAGUGACUAUCAGUAUCAAGAAUAUCUUCCUGGCCUUCCGCCAAAUCUACCGCAGAACUGUGUGUGUGCAAAUCCAAUUGCAUCUGGAGAUCUCUAUAAAAAAUGAGAAACUAGGGCCAAACUUUGCAGAUGCAACUCCAAUUGAAACUGUGGGUGCUAAUUAUUUAAAAUUGAUAAAAAUAAAUUAUAUUUUAAGUAAAA